UCCUUUGAUUUGAUCCUUCUGCUCCCUGCCACCCACCCCACUUCCUUUCCUGUCCCGGGAUGUCCUCGCCUUCCCCCUCUUCCUUCCUGGGCCCGAGGUCGACGGAUCGCCCUAAAGUGCCUCGAACUCGGGCAGCCACUUGGAGUCACCGGGAGACCCUGGAUUUCCUCGCCUUGUGGGGCGAGGAAUCCAUCCAGGCGCAGCUCAACCGGUGCCACCGGAAUGCCGACGUCUACCAGUGGAUCUCGGAGCGCAUGGCCGAGAAGGGCUAUUUCCGUGACGAGGAUCAAUGCCGGACGAAAGGCAAAGACCUCAAGAAAAGUUACAAGCAAGCCAAGCUGCAAGACGGCGUCGCCCGCCAGCGCUGCCGCUUCUUUCACGAACUCGACGCCAUCCUGGGCGGCGGCGGCGGCGGCGGCGGCGGCGGGGGCAGUGCCCGUGGCGGGGACGGCGCUCCGUGGUGCCAGGUGGUCGUCAAGGAGGAAAGCGAUCCGGAGUUCGAUCCGGAUCUGCAGCACCCGGAGGACGAGUACGCCUGGACCCAGGCCUCCAUCACCGACGGCAGCGAUCUGGAGCCGCCCGGCGAGACUGCCGGCGCCCCCGCCUGCUCGUCGUCCUCUUCUCAAACGGCUGUCGGGGGCGUGAUCAAUGCGGAGCCCUCGAUCCUCCACCAUCAGUUGGCCGGUGGCGUGAUCAAGGAGGAGAAGAGCCCCUCGCGGGAAGAGGCCGACCUCCGCUGGGAAGGCAAGGCAGCAGAUGGGGCUUAUCUCCAUCCUACUCAAGAAAAGUCUCCGGGGGAGAUCCCUGACAGAUCCAGGAUGGUGGAGGAGCCUCUGCUUCAGCAGAAGACCCCGGGACAUCUGGACGCCCCCUGGAGAACCGGGGUAAAGCGGAGAGCUUUUUCCAGGCCACGGAGUCUGCUGAGCCCGCGAGAGAAGUUGGCUCAGCUCCGGAACAGGCGGAAGAGACCCUGGGAUGAAAAAUUUGAUGAGUUGGUGCGGGAUAUCCGGACACAUUUCAGAGAGAGAGAAAAGCUAUUUCAAGGGCUGUGGGAAGAAGAGAAAGCCCAACGUGAGAAGGACCGGCAACUUUGGAGAGCUGAGAUGGCUUGGAUUCGGCAAAUGUGGACCAAGAGCCAGAAGGAGAAGGAAGCAGGGGAAGAAGACAAGGAGAUGAAUGGGCCUGGGCAUGUAAAGGAAGAGAAUCGAAAUAGAGAUGUCUGCAAAGAUUCUGAAGAAGGAUCUUGUGAAGAGACCCGGGUUCAGGAACCUCUGCUGUUAAAGUCCUGGCUGGAAUCUCAUGGUCGUAAAUUCGGACACUUUAUAGGUGGCAGGUGGCUGAAACCAGAUGGGCAAGAGACCUGCACACUCAAGAAUCCUACCACAGGGGAACCACUGGCCACCACAAUCCAAGGCAACAAAGAAGAUGUGAACAAAGCUGUUCGUGAUGCUAAAGUAGCCUAUGAAAGUUGGAGCCUAAUCCCCUGCCAUGUUCGAGCCCGACACCUUUACAAUGUCGCCAGGACCAUCCAGAAACAUCAGCGGCUGCUCAGCCUCCUGGAGAGUCUUGACAGUGGAAACCUGAUCCGGGAAAGCCAAGAAGCAGAUCUCCCUUUGGUUGUCCGGCAUUUCUACCACUAUGCAGGGUGGGCCCAGCUGAUGGAGGAACAGAUGUCCAACUGGCAACCACUUGGUAUAGUUGCUAUUCUUACUCCUCGAAGCUUUCCUUUGCUGACGCUGACGUGGAAGUUGUGCUCAGCCCUGGCCAUGGGAAACACGGCGAUCUUAAAGCCAGCCAGCAAUACCGGGCUGGCUGCCCUGUUCUUGGCCGAAGUCUGUGCCCAAGCUGGGCUCCCCCCAGGAGUCUUCAAUGUCAUCACUGGCAAUCAGGAGCUGGGAGAAGCCUUGGCACUCGACCCAGGCAUUGGCAAAGUGGCCUUUGCUGGAACUGCCAAGGUGGGCCGUUGUCUACGUCAAGCCACAGCUGGCAGUGGCAAGAAGCUUUGUCUCCAAUUUGGGGGGAAGUUGCCCUUCAUUGUCUUUGACUCAGCUGACUUGGAUAGUGCUGUUGAUGCAGUGAUGGAUGCCAUCUGGUUGAACCGAGGACAGGUCCACAAUGCUGGGGCUCAGCUUUUUCUUCAGGAAUCUAUUGCCAAAGACUUUAUUCAACGCCUGAAGCACCGAAUGGGGCAGCUUCACUUAGGAGAUUCUCUGGACAAAAUCACAGACGUGGGACCGUUGGCCAGCGAGAAACAGCGAAAUUUUAUUGAGAGUCUGGUGGAAGAAGCUCGGGCUGAGGGGGCUGAGGUUUUCCAGGCCUGGGCAUCCCUCCCAUCAAGUCAAUUGUUUUACCCUCCAACCUUAAUCACCGACGUGUAUCCGACCUCCCGUUGCGUCCGGGAAGAGAUCUUUGGACCUGUUCUGGUAUCCCUGACUUUCCGGACAACCAAGGAAGCGAUGACUUUGGGGAACAGUACACCUCAUGGACUGGCUGCUAGUGUGUGGACCGAAAUUCUCUCCUUAGCACUCGAAGUUGCCCACAGUUUGCAGGUUGGAACAGUCUGGAUCAACAGCCACAAUAUGUUAGAUGCCGCAGCUGCCUUUGGAGGGUACAAGGAAAGUGGCCAUGGACGGAACGGAGGCAAAGAGGCACUUUAUGAAUAUGUGAGACCAAUCUGGGAAAUUCAACCACGCAUUUGUAGUAUGGAUCUGAAUUACAAAAACUUGGCUACCUCACCAGAGAGUGAUCUCCCAGUGAUUCCUGGGGACAAGACUCCCUGCUCUCUAGUUUCUGAACUGAAAGGAGGCAUUCCAAGUGUGGACCGAACCUACAAGCUGUACUACGGUGGUGCUCAGAAGAGGCCAGAUUCCUUGAGUUCCCGAACCAUCCUUGAUCACGCAGGCAAAGCAAUGGCCUGUGUGGCCGAUGGGAAUGUGAAAGACAUCCACAAUGCAGUGGAAGCUGCUCACAAAGCAGCCCCUGGAUGGGCGAAGAAAACGGCACAUGCCCGGGCACAGAUCUUGUACUACGUGGCUGAAAAUCUGGAACUCCGUCGAGCUGAGAUUGCAUCACAGCUGGAAUCAUUAAUGGGUAUAGAAAAAGAGAAAGCUUUGAUGGAGGUGGAUAUUAGUGUGCGGCGACUAUUUUAUUGGGCAGCUUACUCUGACAAAAGUGGUGGAGUUGUGCAGGAAACCACUCUAUAUGGUGCCUGCAUUCACUUUCGAGAACCUGUUGGUGUCGUGGGAAUUGCCUGUCCAGACGAACACCCCCUCCUCAGUUUUGUCAGUUUGUUUGCUCCAGCCAUUACUCGUGGCAACUGCAUUGUGAUUAUUCCCAGUGAGCGAUACCCUUUGCCUGCCCUGGACUUAAUUCAGGUAUUCGACACCUCUGAUGUGCCUGCUGGGGUGGUGAAUAUCAUCUCUGGCUCCCGGGAUUAUUUGAGUCGAAAUUUAUCUGAGCAUCAUGAUGUCCAAGCCAUGUGGUACUUUGGCUCUAAAGAGGGUUCUGGCCUUGUGGAAUGGGCUUCUGCUGGGAAUCUGAAGAGGACAUGGGUGAAUUACGGAAUUGAUAAACAUUGUUGGAGAGAUCACGAAGAAUCAGGAGAAGAAUUUCUCUACCAGGCCACCCAGUGUAAAAGUGUCUGGAUGCCUAUGGGUGACAUAUUUGCCAACUGAGCUUCAGGGAGGUAAUUGGGAGGUGGGGCAGAGUAAAAAAAAAAAAACCACCCCUAUUGUUGAUAAUAAAAGAGCAUUUCUCCAUUUUGUUUAAA